AUGCCGUGCUGCAUCCGCAUGUCGCCGAUCAUGUACGUAAUCACCGUCUACGCCGUCUACAUGCUCUUUGUGUUCCCGAUCACCGAACUGAUCUGCUGGAUCAUUCGAAACUACACGGACAUUGACCCGCAACACCACUAUCAGAUGUCCCGAUGGAUAUAUCUCGCACUUUUGAUCACUUUCAUGCCUUGCUACUUUUUCGCGUUCUAUUUGAGUUGGAGGAAACAUCGUGCGAAACCUCUGUUCACCCCAAAAUGGAAAGUAACGUAAGUACUCUCUCUCUCUCUCUCUCUCUUUUCAAGGUCAUCCCCUCUCCUUUCUCUUACUCUCCAACAAACUAGUCUCUUGCUUCAGUGAUGACCUGGAAGAGGACGACUUCUUAUGCACAAUCUGCUACGAUCUGGUCGUCGAGGUUCGUAUUCAUUUCUCUUCAAUGACCUCAAGAAAUAUAAUCCAUUUGUUUCAGCCGCACACCCUUCGCUGUCAGCAUUCAUUUUGCAAAAAAUGCAUCACUCAAUGUCUACGUCUCACGAGAAAGUGCCCUUCUUGCCAGCAAUGGGUAUAUUUGUGCACUCCCAAUGAGUACGUUUUUUGUCGAAAAGUGUCCAAAUGUAUUCAGAUGUUUGCAGUGAGUUGAAGGCAAAGGUUCUUCGAUGGGUUAAAGAUAAUGGAAGAGAGGAAGAGUACGAAGAGAUCAUCCACAUCCGAAGGGGCAUGAAGAUGCAAAAACGGAAUUGCGCUGCCCGUUUCUGUGCUCUCAUCGAACCGUUCUUUGAGGUAUUAUCCCUUUGCGAUUGUUCGUUUCUCAUUUAAUCUCUGUUUCCAGUUCCCUGAUGCCCAGCCAAUCCGUCUCCGUCCGAUCAGAAGAGCUGCCGUCGAACCAGUUGCAGCGUGUGAUCCGGAGCCGCUGGUCGUGAAUAUCAUCGACGAGUUCGAAGUUCCUCCCUGCAAUCCCGUUCCCUCUCCCCCGGUUUCUGUUGAAGAUGUCAGUCCUGCAGAAAUCGCAGAAGUCUUUCUCUCCAGUCUGCUUGCUCAAUCCGACGACAACUGA